GAAAACGCUUAUUUCGCUCUAUUAGCCUUGUUGGCAUACCUUGUCUCCUGGACCAACGCAUCGAUUGGUGACCAAAGCUAUGUUUACAAAGAAUGCAUUUCUGCUUGCGUCAGCGCAGAAUGCAAUGUUUCAGUUCCUAAUGCCUCAACAUCAAGUCUAUACACGCCCCCAGUUCUAGCCCUACACGAGCGUGCUGUAGUCUGGAACUGUGAGGAUGAGUGCAAGUACAACUGCAUAUGGUGGGCAGUGGAAGCAUUUCAACAGGAUGGCCUACCAGUGCCACAGUUUUAUGGAAAGUGGCCUCAAGUGAGGAUUUUUGGAAUUCAAGAGCCCGCGUCUGCCUUAUUUUCUCUUCUCAAUUUAUUUGCACAGUGGCACACGCUUAAUUUGUUUUGCGAAAAUAUUCCCUGGCGCUCACCAAUGUCAUUUACUUGGGUCUUCUUCUCGUUGGUCGGCAUAAAUGCGUGGUUCUGGUCAACUGUAUUCCACACUUAUGACACCAGAUUUACGGAGUAUGUAACCGGUACCUGUUUUAUGAAGCGAAUGGAUUACUUGUCAGCGUUUGGCUACGUCCUGGCGCUGCUCUCUGUACUUAUUAUGCGGAUAUUGUACAGACAGCCAACACUUAUAAAAGUGGUGGCUGGGGGCUUCAUUUUCAUGUGUUUUGCUGGUCACGCAUACCGCCUGCUCUUUACUCGAUUUGGUUACGACCAGAACAUGCAAGUGAAUGUUUUAUUCGGUUCUCUGACAAUACUUGGAUGGCUGUUUCUACCCCGCCUUGCAUUUGAUAGAGUUCAACAGGAGUACGCAAAAUACAUCCAACUAGCAGUUUCUCUAAUUGGCUGUGCAUCGGUAUUGGAGAUUUUUGACUUCCCGGCCAUUCUCUGGCUAUUCGAUGCUCACUCUCUGUGGCACGGCUCUACCAUCGGCAUUCAUUAUCUAAUCAUCAAGUAA